AUGGGAAUAAGAGAUUUUCAUAUCAAGUUUAAGGCAUUCCGGUUGAAACGCUUUUUCUUUGGCAGAAAGAGAAAUCAAUGGAGUGCAAACAAGCCUUCAUGGAUGAUUCCAAUAACACACGGACAUCAUGUGGUGGAGCAACAUGUGAUUAAAGGUGGUUCUGAUGACUCGGACUUUGAUUCAGUUGUCAUACAGAGAGAGCAAAUGGACCACACAGAGUUGUGGUAUUUUGGAAUCUUUGAUGCUCUAAUUGGAGAUGGGGUCACCAAGUAUAUGCAAUCCCAUUUCUUUGGCAAGAAGCUAAAAGAGUGUCAUAUGAGGAGGAAAACCAAAGAAACACUCAAGAAAGCUUACCUAGGUGUAAGAACAAAGAUCAGAGAGGCACAUAGAUCAGAAGAGGAAACAUGCAGAAUAGGUUCAACAUCUGUGAUGGUCAUAAAUGGAGAAAAACUUGUGAUAGCCAACAUGGGAGAUUACAGAACUGUCUUGUGCAGAGAUGGUGUUGCUUAUCAGACAAAUGGAAGACACAAUCAAUCAGCAAAGAGACAUUGGUAUCGCAGACUCUUUUCAGGGAGUACAACUAGUACAAAGCAUUCUAAAUUCUCAGAACUUGUGGUGGGAGCUGAUAGGAUCGACUCUGAUACUGAAUUUUUGAUCUUAGCAAGCAAUGGCAUAUGGGAGGUGAUGAAGAACCAAGAGGCUGUGAAUCUUAUAAGGCACAUAGAAGAUCCACAAGAAGCAGCUGAGUGCCUGGCAAAAGAAGCUCUGAUUAGGAUGAGCAAAAGCAACAUUUCAUGCUUAGUAAUUCGCUUUGAUUGA